UUCAGGAAGUCCAGGACCCAGUUGCAUAGGGAGGAGUUCAGACCCAGGGUUGUGAGCUUUGUAAUGAGCUUAUAGGACACUAUAGUAUUUAAGGCAGAGCUGUAGUCCAUGAAUAGCAUCCUCACAUAUGCAUUCCUUUUAUCCAGAUGGGUAAGGGGAGUGUGCAGUGCAAUGGUGUAUGUAUGUACUUGCGUGCGCCUGUGUGUGUGUGUGUUGGUAUUUAUCAGUGUGUGUCCCAUUUAUCCCACCAUCUCUAGCUAUAUUUAGCAUUUGUCUGUGUACAUCCCCCCUCCGUAUUUGUCCGUCAGACGUGUGACUAAUGAUAACGCUGAGUCUCCAUGUGAUUCGCCGUGACAGCUCCUCUGUUUGUGUCGACUGUCUGCACGCAUCUCCAUCACCACUGGUUGUUUGGGCGCUCGCCUGUGUUCUGUGGCUGUCGUUGCAAUUUGUUGUAUCUGCGUGUACUUGUGCAUACAUCAUGAACAUGUUUCCGUACUGUGCGUAGCCUUUUAGGGCAUCGUUUGUGUUUUCACAAACAGAAUGUGCGUUGUAAGCUGUAUUGCCUUCCUGCAUGCCCGUGCAUGUAGCAUCAGUCACACAUAUCACGACAUGUGGAACUGUGCUUAUCCCUCGUCCUCUUCCACCCCCCCCCCCCAGGCGCAUCCAGCUCUCAAGGCCUUCAUGUGUGGCUCCUUGAGCGGCACCUGCUCCACGCUGCUCUUCCAGCCUCUGGACCUGGUCAAGACGCGCCUUCAGACCCUGCAGAACAACAUGAAGCCUGGAGCUCCUAAGGUGGGGAUGAUGACAGUGCUUGUCCAGGUCAUUCGGACAGAGAGCUUCCUGGGCCUGUGGAAGGGAGUGUCACCGUCGUUUGUGCGCUGUAUCCCAGGCGUAGGGAUCUACUUCUCUACCUUCUACUCACUGAAGCAGCACUACUUCCAGGAGGGCCGGGCCCCUAACGCUGGGGAGGCUGUGCUGCUGGGGGCCGGGGCCAGGGCUGUGGCUGGGGUCUGCAUGCUGCCUGUCACCGUCAUCAAGACACGAUUCGAGAGCGGACGGUACAACUACGUGAGCGUCCUGGGAGCUCUGAAGAGCGUGUGUGAGACGGAGGGGCCCAGGGCUCUGUUCUCCGGGCUGACGGCCACACUGCUCCGAGACGCCCCCUUCUCUGGCAUCUACGUCAUGUUCUACAGCCAGGCCAAGAGGUCCCUGCCACCGGAGGUGAGCUCGUCGCCCUAUGCCCCAUUGGGGAACUUUGGCUGUGGGGUGAUGGCCGGAGUCCUGGCCUCUGUGGUCACCCAGCCAGCUGACGUGGUGAAGACUCACAUCCAGGUCAGCCCCUCCCACUGGACAACCAAGGACGCCAUUCGCUACAUCUACACGGAGCAUGGUCUGAGGGGUUUCUUCCGUGGGGCUGUGCCUCGCUCUCUGAGGAGGACUCUGAUGGCAGCCAUGGCCUGGACCGUCUACGAACAACUGAUGGCCCGCAUGGGACUCAAGUCCUGAGGAGAGGAGACAGGGAGGAACUGAUAAAGGAAGAAUGACGUGGGGACUUGUUUUAAUACAAAGCAGCAGUUUGAAGGGGAAGAAAGUGAGGAGGAUGAGAAGGAGGGAGAGGGAGGAGGUGUAGGGACUGUUUAUCACUGCAACUAGCUUGGGAAAGCCAAAGAGGUGGGUGUCGGUGGCACGGAAGAGGGAAAGGUGUGUGUGUUUUACAUGUUGAUGUUUAUGAGAGAGUUAUUGUGAAUGUUUGUAUGUCCUUACAUUGUCAACCCUGACCUUAAAUGACAUUCCCUUACUGCUGAGAACUGAACUCAUCCCCCUCUGAGUGUGGAGACCAUAGAGAACUAUCUGUUUCUAUGGGGGAGACCAUAGGGAUCUAUUUAAUUAUAUUUCUAUGGGGGAGACCCUCUCAGACUGGGGAGACCAUAGAGAGUGAUCUAUUUUUAUGGGGGAGACCCUCUCAGACUGACUUCUAUGGUUUACCUCUGGAUACCACUCCAGUGACAAGAGACUGUCGCCGACUGUCACCCACUGUCACUGUCUAUGACUGUGAAUGACUGUGACUAACAUCUAGGUGUCUCUAACACUCCCACUCCCAAGACGAAACGGCAGCUUUGAUUUAGUUACCUCAGCAAGAGGUUAUCCGCUGGCUAAAAGUGUAGUGGACUGGACAAAGCAACCCAGUGCCAUAACCAUGCAACAUAUUUACAAAUGACCGGCAGACUACGUUAUCAGCACAGUGAUUAUUGUGACCUGUCGACUGACUGAAGGAAAUACGAUAUUUAUUGACUGACUGACUGACUAAAACAUUUAUUACUAGCUUGGACAAUCAAGACAAUAUUGCUGUGCAUUGUAGCAAAAGACUAGGCUGAUAUUUUCUAUACUGCAACUGCACAAUUAGAUACUAGCAACUUGGCAUUGGCAUACUUAGCCAUAUGAAAAUAGUGUACACUACCCAGCUAAAUAUAGGAAUCCAUAUCAGUGAUGCACAGCCAUGGUCCUGGAUUGUCUCUGUUAUUAGUUUAAUAAAUGAAUAGGCCUAUGUAUUCAGUAUUUUGAGUAGUUCGUUUUUGGAAGCCCAUACACGUGUAUAUUUUUUAACCCACAGUGUCCAGUGUGCCAUGUUCAAAAAUAAAAACCCAUGACAUGUCAGUUUUAAAGAGAUGUGUUUAUAUUGAAAAGUAUUGUACAGAUUCAAAAUAUACACUGAGUGAGCGCAACUCAGUAUUAGGAGGGUGUUCUUAAUGUUUGGAAUAGUCAGUGUAUAGAGCCUGUAGAGAGCCCUAUUGAAGCAUCUAGGACCAGAGAUGGCUGAGAGAAACUGAUUUAAAUCCUUCAUUCUAUAUUGGUGCACUAGUAGCACAGGGCUACUCACUCAAUACCAUCACUACAAUCACUGUUUGCCAACUGUUUUUGCUUUUUACGCACACACAUGAAAAAGGACAUAACACAGCUUCAAUAUACACUCAGUGGCCAGUUUAUUAGGUACAUCCAUCUAGUACCGAGUCAAACCCCCUUUGCUUCCAGAACAGCCUGAAUUAUUUGGGGCAUGGAAACGUUGCUCAAUUGGUGUCAAGGGACCUAACGUGCGCCAGUAAAACUUUACCCACACCAUGACACCACCGCCACCAGCCUGGAUGGGGCAAUGGACUCAUGCUGCUUACGCCAAAUCUUGACUCUGCCAUCAGCAUGAAUGAACAGGAACCGGGUUUCGUCAGACCAGGCAAUGUUUUUCCACUCCUCAAUUGUCCAGUGUUGGAGAUCACGUGCCCACUGGAACCGCUUGUUUAUAACUGAUAGGAGUGGACCCCGGUGUGGUCUGCUGCAAUAGCUCUUCCUUGACAAGGAUAGAUGAGUUGUGCAUUCUGAAAUGCCGUUUCCCGAUGUUAUUUGCCCGUUUGUGGGCCUACUGUUAGCUUGCACGAUUCUUGCCAUUCUCCUUCGACCUCUCUCAUUAACAAGCUGUUUUCACCCACAGGACGGCCGCUAACUGGAUGUUUUUUGUUUGUCGUGCUAUUCUCCGUAAACCCUAGACACUGUCGUGAGUGAAAUGCCCAUUAGGCCGACCGUUUCUGAGAUACUGGAACCUGCUCGCCUGGCACCAACCAUCGUACUACGCUCAAAGUUGCAUAGGUCACUCGUUUUUCUCAUUCUAACGUUCAAUCGACUGGUAACUGAAUGCCUCGAUGCCUGUCUGCCUGCUUUUAUAGCAAGCCACGGCCACGUGACUCACUGUCUGUAGGAGCGAACCAUUUUCGUGAACGGGGGUGUGUACCUAAUAAACUGGCCACCGAGUGUAGUUUGAGUCAUUGAGAGGGGAAACACUGAGUUAACCUUAGCUCAAUGCCAGUCAGUGAAUGCACUUUAGAAUUCAACGCAUAUUCGUUCAUUCAAGCCCCUUAGCGGCUGGUAAAAGGACUGGGGUGAUUAACUUUUCUUGCGAAUUGGUAGUUCUUCAGCCCUUGUCUGUGUGUUUUGUUGUUGUAACACAGUAACAACUCUAACCACCAAAUUGUCCUGUGCCGUAACAUUUUUGCCUUGGCGAUUAUCAUCACUAUUGUCCUUGAUAUUGUGACUUUACAUUGUAUAUGGUCUGUUAUUUGUGUCAAUAUUUUGUGUGUGUGUUUGCUCAGACCAAUGCUGUGCCUGUUUUGUUUUUAAGUGAAUAAAAUUCUCCCCAUUUUUGUA